GGUGCAUUCUUCAGUAGAGAGUGGAGAGAGCAGCCAUCCGCAGCUCAGCGAAAUUGCUCGAAAUAUUAAUCCAAACCUUUCAGCGCGCGGGGAAAGAUCUGAUAAAUACCUUUUUUUUCUGCAAACAAAAAGCUCGUCUCUGUUUUUUUUGACUCGAUAGGAAGUCCGAAGCCUCUCCUUUCCAAUCCGCAUUGAAGCUGGAAGUUGUGUUGCCCGGAGCCUCCGGGGAGUCUUGUACCUUCCCAGCCCCGUUUGGGGGGUUGAUUUGUCCCCCUGUGGAGUGCGCAGCCUUUCAUCAUCAGCCCGGAGGAUCCACAGCGCAGAAGCUGCGAUUUUAGAGAAUUAUCAGUACAAUGAUCCCGAGGUGAGCCGAGGUCCAGCCUUGUCCGUCCGUUUACGAGCUCUGAAACUCCUGUCAACAUGUCUGCUGCUUCCUCCAACCAGCUGAUCCUCCUCCUGUGCUUGGUUUUCAGCCAACAAGUCGCCUCAAACUGUGUGAUCAAGCGGGAGAAGGAGAAAUGCAUGGAAAUGAUGGCCUCCGACGAUCCAGGGAACAAUCCAGAGUUUGGGUGUCCGUGGAUGUGGGACAACCUGACGUGUUGGCAGCCUGCCGUGUUCGGAGAGGUGGUGGAAGUGAACUGUCCUGAACUCUUCUCUCAGUUCAUAAGUGAAGAAGACUUCGAGCUGGGGACGGUGAGUCGUAACUGCACUGAGUUCGGCUGGUCGGAGACGUUCCCUUAUUACAUCGACGCAUGCCUGUAUGAGGAAGGGAACAGCAGCCACACGGACAUGUACUUUGUGUCGGUGAAGGCUCUGUACACUGUGGGCUACAGCACCUCUCUGGUCUCCCUCACCAUGGCCAUGGUCAUCCUGUGCAGGUUCAGGAAGCUGCACUGCACCAGGAACUUCAUCCACAUGAACCUAUUUGUGUCCUUCAUCCUGAGAGCUAUUUCCGUCUUCAUCAAAGACGGCGUGCUGUACGCCAAAGAGGACAGCGAGCACUGCUUCAUACACACUCUGGAGUGUCGAGCUGUGAUGAUAUUCUUCCAUUACUGCGUCCUCUCCAACUACUUCUGGCUCUUCAUCGAGGGUCUCUACCUCUUCACUCUACUGGUGGAGACCUUCUUCCCCGAGAGGAGAUACUUCUACUGGUACAUCAUCAUCGGCUGGGGAGCCCCCACGCUGUGUGUGACGAUAUGGGCCGUGCUGAGGCUACACUUUGAUGAUAUAGGGUGUUGGGACAUGAAUGACAACGCUGCCAUCUGGUGGGUGAUCAAGGGACCUGUGCUGGCUUCUAUUAUGGUCAACUUUGUGCUCUUCGUUGGCAUCAUCAUCAUCCUCGUGCAGAAGUUACAGUCCCCAGAUAUCGGAGGGAAUGAGUCCAGUAUUUACCUGAGGUUGGCCCGCUCCACUCUGCUCCUGAUUCCUCUGUUUGGGAUCCAUUACACCGUGUUCGCCUUCUCCCCCGAGAACGUCAGUAAGAGAGAGCGUCUGGUGUUCGAGCUUGGCCUCGGAUCCUUCCAGGGCUUCGUGGUGGCCGUUCUCUACUGCUUCCUGAAUGGAGAGUAUAUCCCUCAAGGUGCAAUCGGAGAUCAAGAGGAAAUGGCGCAGCUGGACGGUGAACAGAUACUUUGCUGUGGACCUGAAGCACCGGCAUCCUUCCCUGGCGAGCAGUGGGGUGAACGGGGGCACGCAGCUGUCCAUCCUCAGCAAGAGCAGCUCGCAGAUCCGCAUGUCCAGCCUGCAGGCGGAGACCCCGGCCACCUGAGCGCCAACGCCGGGGACGCCGCGUCUGGAAAAGACAACGCCAACUCCACCACCGCCGCCGCCGCCGCCUCUGCUUCCCGACCUGACGCAGCCAAACCUGCCACGCCCACCCUCGUCCCCAUGACCUGCCUCGACAACCCGUUCCUCAACCCGUUCCCCAACCCGUACCCGGACGAGACCGAGAUGGAAACACAGCUCAACUCCACCGACCCAGAACUGCCUCCAGUCUGACCCGCCUCACACACACACGACCAAACCUGAGUGUCAGGCUGCCAAAUAGUAAACAACCUCAUGUCCUGACCUUUGACCUGGAUCAGGUGCAGCUGGAGAGAAACGUUGUCCUCCUGUUCCUGCAGCCUAGGGCGUGUUUAGGAUUUGAUGUCGAGUCUUGUUGAGUUGAAACCUGCAGAAGAAUCGUGUUUUCUCUGUACAUAUUGUGUGAGUAUUUAAAAGUGUUUGGUGCUACAGUGUUUGCUGGUGUGACGCACAGAGAAACCAGUUUACUGCAGCAGCUCCACAGGCUGCUCCCUCUCCCACUGAUCAUUCCAGUCUGACCCAGGACGUUUUUUUAAAAUAUAUUUUCCUCCUCAAAAAGUAUUUAAAACGUAGAUAUUGUUCUUUUUUUUUCUCUUUAAAUACCGACACCGAAGCUGCCAGGCCAUAAAGUGAGUGGCAGACAACACAGGGAAAUGUAAAUACCUUAAAAGAGGGGCGCUUAUCUAUUUGAGUUAAAAUAUGUAGAGGUGGUAAAUAACCCUAGUGAUGUUACAGUGAUGUCAUCAAAAGUUUUUUGAGCAUCGGUUGGAAAUUUUUAACCGGUGCUCAAAAAACUGACCGAAGGUUGAAAGACUGCAAAAGCACAGUGUCUCUAGAAAAGAUUUUAAAAAAUUGUGUUGCAUUGUGGGAAAUGUAGUGUGAAUGGGUAUAAAGAAAAAAAAGCUUGUGAUGUCAUUAGGGGUUAUUUGAGACAGUAACGUUGACAGUAAAUCUGUGCAAGAAACUCAAAUUGAAGACUGGGAAAUAUUUGUGGGAAGGAGUUGUUGAGGGGAUGUUGCAUUAUGGGAAAUGUAGUGUGAAGAGGGUAGGGAAAAAAAAGCUUGUGAUGUCAUAGUGAUGUCAUUAGGGGGUUAUUUGAGACAGUAACGUUGACAGUAAAUCUGUGCAAGAAACUCAAACGGAAGACUGGGAAAUAUUCAUGAGAAGGAGUUGUUGAGGCGAUGUUGCAUUAUGGGAAAUGUAGUGUCCAGUGUUUUUAAAGCUAUAAUUUGAUAUUUCUCGGCCUCUGCUGCUUCGAUUCUUACCGGCCCGGAUGUACAGAUAAUAUUUAAAGACUGAAGAAUCACUCCCACAUCGGUGUUCAUAAAAUCUCCAUAAAAUCAGUGUUAUCGAGAGGGGGGGGGGGGGGGGG